AUGGCGUGCGCGGAGCGCGGCUGCCGCUGCUGCGCGGAGGGUCGGCGGCACAGCAGCAUCCUCUACAGCAUCCUCCGCAGCGAGGAGCGGGCCCUGCCGCUCCCCGGGCCGGCGCCCCGGGGCUGCCCUUGCGGGUCGCGGCGGAGGGUGGCCCUGCGGAGCCCGCAGGUGGCUUGCAAGGCGGCCUCGGCCGUGCUGGUGAAGACUCUGCGCUUCGUCCAGAACGUGCCCUGCUUCCAGGAGCUGCCGCUGGAGGAGCAGCUGCUGCUGGUCCGCAGCUGCUGGGCGCCGCUGCUGCUGCUGGGGCUGGCGCAGGAGCGGGUGCACCUGGAGACGGUGGAGAGCGCGGAGCCCAGCAUGCUGCAGCGCAUCCUCACCGCCCGGCAGCAGGGCGAGCAGCCCCCGCCGCGGGCACCGGCACCGGCACCGGGCCGGCCGCACCACGGCCCGCACCUGCCCUCGGCCGGCGAGAUCCAGGCUAUCAAGGGCUUCCUGGCCAAGUGCUGGAGCCUGGACAUCAGCACCAAGGAGUACGCUUACCUCAAGGGAACGGUGCUCUUCAACCCGGAUCUACCAGGACUGCAGUGUACACAAUACAUUGAAGGACUGCAGAGGGAAGCACAACAAGCUCUAAAUGAACAUGUCAGACUCAUUCACAGUGGUGAUGAAGCCAGAUUUGCCAAGCUGAAUGUUGUUCUCUCCUUGUUAAGAUCUAUUAAUGCUAAUGUGGUUGCUGAAUUAUUCUUCAGGCCCAUCAUUGGAGCAGUGAACAUGGAUGACAUGCUUUUGGAAAUGCUUUGUGCAAAAUUAUAA